AUGAGUGUUCCGAGAUCCCUGCGAUCAGCGCUGCGCCCGUGUCUCACGGUUCCCAGUGCAUGCGCAGGGAAUUUGUUGCUGUCAGGCACGCAAGCUGUUUCUCAAGCUCGUCAAACAGCCUUUUCGUCCCGAAAGAAUCUGCCUAAAUGGUCCUGUGUCUCCCAGCGCUUUGCAUCAACAACCGCGGCUGAGAGUUCCGUACCGACUAUUUCAUACUCCGACUUGACCGUGGGUGUGCCCCGAGAAACAUACCAAGAUGAGCGCCGCGUGGCAAUCACUCCCCAGAACGUGACUCUUCUACUGAAGAAAGGCUUCUCGCGAGUGUUGAUUGAACGCGGUGCUGGUGAUGGUGCACUGUUUCUGGACGACGCUUUCAAGAAAGCCGGCGCGACCAUUGUUGAUCGGGAUGCUGUCUGGUCGGAUAGUGAUAUUGUCCUGAAGGUUCGACCUCCCACGGCCGAUGGUUCAGUCAGUGAAGUAAACGCUCUCCGCAAAGGUUCCACGAUCAUUUCCUUCUUGUACCCAGCCCAGAACAAGUCUAUCGUUGACGCACUUGCUGCUCGUGGCGUGACCUCUUUCGCUAUGGAUCGCAUCCCGCGUAUCUCGCGUGCCCAGACUUUUGAUGCCCUUAGCUCCAUGGCCAACAUCGCAGGAUACAAAGCGGUUCUAGAGGCUUCAAAUCACUUCGGUCGAUUCCUGACUGGUGCUGGUGUAGCUGGUCUCAGUGCUAUUGCCUCAGCUCGUCGCAUGGGUGCUAUCGUUCGUGGUUUUGAUACUCGCCCCGCUGUGCGCGAGCAGGUUCAAUCCUUAGGUGCUGAAUUCAUCGAGGUAGAUCUGCAGGAGGAUGGUGCGGGUCACGGUGGUUAUGCGAAGGAAAUGUCCAAGGAAUUUAUCGAAGCCGAAAUGAAACUGUUCAUGGAACAAGCUCGCGAGGUUGAUAUUAUCAUCACGACUGCUUUAAUUCCCGGAAAGCCUGCACCCAAGCUGAUUACCAAGGAGAUGGUUGCUGCUAUGAAGCCUGGUUCAGUCAUUGUUGAUCUUGCCGCUGAGGCUGGAGGAAACUGUGAAGCAACUGUCCCUGGAAAGCUGUCUCGCUACAAAGAUGUCGCUAUCAUCGGCUACACCGAUCUUCCGUCCCGUCUACCUACUCAGUCCUCGACCUUGUAUUCCAACAAUAUCAUCAAGUACCUUCUAUCAAUGGCCCCCGAGGAGAAGUCAUUUGGUAUCGACUUCAAAGACGAGGUUGUUCGAGGUUCCAUCGUCGUCUUUAACGGUGAAGUUAUUCCACCGGCACCGCCUGCUGCACCGCCAGCCCCCAAGCCAGAGGCUGAGGUACUAGCUGCGAGGCCAAAGGAAGUUGUGGCCCUUACUCCAUUGAAAAAGGUAACCCGAGAAGUUUCGCUCCUCACUGGAGCAAUGGGCACCGCAUUGGCUCUUGGAAAGGCGACAGGUCCAAUCUUCAUGGGCAACAUGAUGACCUUUGGUCUCGCAGGACUGGUUGGAUAUCGUGCCGUAUGGGGUGUUGCUCCUGCGCUACACUCACCACUUAUGAGUGUUACCAAUGCAAUCUCUGGUAUGGUCGGCAUCGGCGGUCUGUUCAUCAUGGGUGGCGGCUUCGUUCCUCACACUUUCCCCGAAUAUCUUGGUGCAGCAUCAGUGCUUCUGGCCUUUAUCAAUGUCUCUGGAGGCUUCGUAGUGUCAAAACGUAUGCUAGAUAUGUUCAAGCGACCGACUGAUCCUCCAGAGUAUCCAUGGUUAUAUGCUGUGCCUGCACUCGUAUUUGGUGGUGGAUUCCUUGCGGCUGCCAGCACGGGAAUGUCUGGUCUGGUUCAGGCUGGAUACCUCAUCAGCACAAUCUGCUGCAUGGGCUCUAUCUCUGCCCUUGCCUCGCAGCAGACUGCCCGUCGCGGAAAUAUCCUCGGCAUUCUGGGAGUGCUGACUGGUAUUCUUGCCUCACUGGCCGCAGUGGGUUUCUCGAAAGAGACUUUGACGCAAUUUCUUACCGUUGCUGGAGUAGGUGCUGUGGUAGGAACGUUGAUAGGUGGACGGAUCACCCCAACCAGUCUUCCCCAGACAGUUGCUGCGCUGCAUUCAGUCGUUGGUCUGGCUGCUGUGAUGACAAGCAUCGGCAGCGUACUGGCUGAAAUUGAAGAUAUCUCGACUCUGAACAUGGUUACAGCAUACCUGGGUGUCAUAAUCGGUGGAAUAACCUUCACCGGUUCGAUCGUGGCGUUCCUAAAACUAGCCGGUCGUAUGUCCUCUAAGCCAACAAUUCUCCCUGGUCGUCAUGUCGUCAACUCAACAUUGCUGGGCAGCAAUAUCGCAACGAUGGGAGUUUUCGUAACCAUGGCACCCGCAAAUCCCGGCAUUGCAGCAGCUUGUCUCGGUACCAGUACUAUUCUUAGUUUCUUAAAGGGAUACACUACAACAGCAGCCAUCGGAGGUGCGGACAUGCCUGUUGUCAUCACCGUUCUGAAUGCCUACUCUGGAUUCGCACUAGUUGCCGAGGGUCUGAUGCUCAAUAACCCACUGUUGACGAGUGUUGGAUCCCUCAUUGGAGUCAGCGGCUCUAUCCUGUCGUACAUUAUGUGUGUCGCCAUGAAUAGAUCUAUCACAAAUGUCCUGUUUGGCGGGAAUUCUGCCCCAGCACAGUCCCAGAAGAAGAUUGAGGGAGAAGUGAAGCAAACAAGUAUUGACGAUACCGUGGAGGCACUUCAGGGAGCCGAAAGUGUGAUUAUUAUUGUCGGUUACGGCAUGGCUGUUGCAAAAGCGCAGUACGCCCUCGCCGAGAUCGUAAGUAUUUUGCGGUCUCGGGGCGUGAAGGUCCGCUUUGCCAUUCAUCCCGUCGCUGGUCGCAUGCCUGGUCAAUGCAAUGUGCUUCUUGCUGAGGCAUCCGUACCAUACGAUAUUGUUCUUGAAAUGGAUGAGAUCAACGACGACUUUUCUGACACAGAUGUCACUCUCGUCAUUGGUGCAAACGAUACAGUCAACCCUAUUGCUAUGGAGCCUGACUCUGCAAUCUCCGGAAUGCCUGUCCUGCAUGCCUGGAAGAGUAAAGAAGUCAUUGUCAUGAAGCGUGGCAUGUCGAGUGGAUACGCUGAUGUCCCCAACCCCAUGUUCUUCAUGCCAGGUACUAGAAUGCUGUUUGGCGAUGCUAAGACAUCCUGUGAUGCCAUCAAAGCUGCCUUGGAGUCACAAAAGUAG